GAACGGAAGAAGGUGGCCUACUUUGUCCUUUUCUUCCCACCGAAGCCUUUACCUUUCCUCAGCCGUUUGUCUCCUUCCUCGCCCCGCCACCGUCCGGCGCCUGCAAAUCCCUCUAAAGUAUUUCACUUGGAGCGUGUUCCAAGAAUUCGAGUGCAAACGGACAGAAUGGAACCUGUUCUCUACUGGACUUUGGUGGAUGAGUAGCAGAAGGGCCUUCUAGUUCCUCUUUCAUCUGGUCUGGUUCUGGUUCUGGUUCAUGUCUUGGUUGGACGUGAGAUUGAAGUGGAUAUUGUUAGAUUAUUCAUGGAGCUGAUCGCUUAACUUGCUUAACUUGCGGUUUUCCAAUUGGGCAAUUCGCGGGUCGUGGGGUUUGCAGAUGAAAAUCUAGGAAAGUUUUCGCCUUUUUUUUUCCUAUUGAUUUGCCUGAUGCUUUUUGGUUGAGUUUGCUUCGACUUGGUCAAAGUUGCGAUAAGGCAGGUGAUCUUUGAGCACCCGUUUCUUUCUGCGUUUGCUGCUGAUUCGAGGAGGGUUGUCUUUUGGUUUGGGUUGUUUAUUGUUUAUUUUGCUUGGGAUUAAGCUGGAAGAGUAGCGUGUUAGUUUGUGGUGGAUUUGGUUAGGGUUUCUUCUUCCUUUUUUUUUUUUGUUCUAGUCGGCUACGCCUGAAAUGUGCAACUUCGUGUGGCUCUUUGAGAUUAUAGUCUUUCUUUUUGGGUUGGCUUUUGAUGCGUAGCCCUAGAUAUACUCUCGGUUGAGAAAAAUAAUCUGUAGUUUGGUGGAUGAAUAUGAACUUGAUGCGAAGAAUUUAGUGAAGAUGGGAGCGAUGAAAGAUAAUUUAGCAAAUUUAUCUGUUUAAGCAACAAGUAAGACUUCCAGGAGGGAUUCUGGACUCAGAUUUCUUGGUAAUUUUCGAGAUGGCAUGCGUGAAGCUAGGAUCCAAAGCUGAUGGACUACAACGGCGAGGGCGGACAUGGUUUUGCACAACUGGUCUACCUAGUGAUGUGACUCUACAAGUUGAUGAGAUGACAUUUCAUCUUCACAAGUUCCCUCUUCUAUCAAAGUCUGGUCUUUUGGAAAAGAUGAUUAGAGAAAAAUCUGAGGAGGGAGAAGAGAGUUGUGUUAUAGAAUUGCGUGGUUGCCCUGGUGGGCCGAAAGCUUUGGAACUCGCUGCCAAAUUUUGUUAUGGUAUGAAACUGGAACUGACUGCUGCAAAUGUUGUUCAUAUGCGUUGUGCUGCGGAGUACCUUGAAAUGACAGAAGAAAUUGCUGAGGGAAACUUGAUCAAUGAAACUGAAGCUUUUCUUAACCAAAUCAUUCUUCGUAGCUGGAAAGACACUAUUAAGGCACUACAAACUUGUGGUGAUGUCCUUCCUCAUGCAGAAGAUCUUCAAAUUGUUAAAAGGUGCAUUGAUUCUUUGGCUAGGAAAGCAUGCAAGGACACAAACUUAGUUGAGUGGCCCAUUGUUGAGCACACACCCAUGCAAAGUCCUGGCGGCAGUAUUCUGUGGAAUGGUAUAAGUACAGGAGCCAAACCAAGAGUUAGUAGCUCUGAUUGGUGGUAUGAGGAUGUUUCUUUGUUAAAUCUUUCACUGUACAGGAGGUUUAUCUCAGCUAUGGAAUCACAUGGUGUCAGACAAGAGAUAAUUUCAGAGUCUAUCACCUUCUAUGCUAACAGGCACCUGCCAGGCCUUGACAGGCGUCAGAGCAUAUCUGAAAUCAACUUUCGUCUAGAAUCUAGAACAUUAGUGGCUCCUCCAUCAGAAGAGGAACAGAAGUAUCUUCUUGAGGAGAUUGAUAAACUUUUGCCAUCACAAAUAGGUCAGAUACCCACUAAACUUUUAUUUGGACUUCUUCGCACAGCUAUGAUUCUGCGAGCCAGUUCCACCUGCAUUUCUAACUUAGAGAGAAGGAUCGGAAUCCAACUAGAUCAGGCUUCCUUGGAAGAUUUGUUGAUACCUAACUUUUCUGAGUCAAUUGAAAUGCUCUAUGAUGUAGACUGUAUUCAGAGAAUUGUUGAGCACUUUUUGGCUCAGGAUCCAAUGACUGCUGGGGCCUCUCCUGAUGUAGAUGAUGAUGAGCAGUUAUUAGGAUCACCAUUGUUGAUACCAAUAACUAGAGUUGCAAGGUUAGUUGACAGUUAUCUGGCAGAGGUUGCAUCUGAUGGUAAUCUAAUGCCAUCCAAGUUUCAAGCUUUGGCUGCUGCUAUACCGGAAGAUGCCCGGCCACUAGAUGAUGGCCUAUAUCGUGCCAUCGACAUAUAUUUAAAGGCCCACCCAUGGCUCACAGAGAAUCAGAGGGAAGGACUGUGUCGGCUGAUGAACUGUCAGAAGCUUUCUCUAGAAGCUUGCACCCACGCAGCCCAGAAUGAGAGACUUCCACUUAGAGUGGUGGUUCAGGUCCUCUUCUUUGAACAACUUCAGCUGAAAACAUCAAUUGCUGGAUGUUUUCUCGUAUCUGACAACCUCGACCAGUCGAGACCCUUGAGGAGUGGUCUUCCAAUCUCAGGUGAGGAGGGCAUGUGGGCAUCAGCCGUCAGGGAGAAUCAGGUACUAAAGGUGAGCAUGGACAGUAUGAGGAUGAGGGUUUCUGAACUUGAAAAGGAGUGUUCAAGCAUGAGGGAAGAACUCGAGAAGUUAACAAGGGGGAGUGGGAGAAAGUUCAGAACCAAUCUCAGGUACCAGAUCUGUAGCUCGAGCGGGGAUGUCGUUAGCAAAGAGAUGGACGCUUUGAAGAUACUCGAGAAAGAACAACUGAAGCUUGCAAAACACAAGAAACAACUGUCGACAGACAUGUAAAGAUUCUGAAAGCAUCGUAUAGUUUGGUUCAGUUUACAGUACAUGAAUAUGAAACUUUUUUUUUUCUCUUUCCCUUAUAAAUCCACAUGUGGUUUUGAUAAUAGUGUGAACAUUUUGUGGUUCCUUGAACCAAAUUCUUCACCUAGUUCAAUCAUUUAAAAGAAGGCACCUUGUUCAAAAACGGAGCAACAAGCUAAUACGACCUUGUUUUGCUUUCAUGCUGUGUAUUAUAAGAACACGUUGUGUUGUACCAUACCUGUGCUUUAAUAUUACUAUUUUUGUGCA